GUUGUUUCAGAGGGCUUUGAAGGCUACAACAGUGACUCCCAUUCACCGCAUCUUUAAGUGUUUUUUGUCAUCUUUAGAAUCCUAAAAAAAAACAAAAAAACUUUUAUUCUUGUCUCUCAAACUGAGUGUGAACGAUAGGCAAAAUUCUCCAAAAAGUGCAGUUCCCCUUUAAACCAUUUAAGUGUGGCUUUAGCAGUAUGCUUUGAGUCAUUGUUCUGCUGGAAGAUGAACCUCCUUCUCAGUCUCAAAUAACAAAGCACACUAAAACAGGUAUUGCUCUAGAAUAUCCCUGUAUUUAGCGCCAUCUGUCUUCUCCUCGACUCGGACCAGUUUUACCAGUCCGUGCGGCUGAAAAACAUCCCCACAGCAUGAUCUAGCCACCACAAUGUUUCAUUAUGGAAAUUAUGUUCUUGGGGUGAUGGGAUGUGUUGGGUUGCUGCCAGACAUAGCAUUUCCCUUUGUGGCCGAAAAGUAAUAUUUUAUUCUCACCGGACCGGAGUACCUUCUGCCAUAAAUUUAGGGAGUCGGCCACAUGCCUUUUGGCAAACUCAAGAUGUGCCUUCUUAUGUUUAACACUAAGUAAUGGCUUUUUCCUGGACACUUUUCCAUAAAGCCCUGCUCUAUGGAUUGUACGGCUUAUUGUGUACCUAUGCACAGACACUCCAGUCUUUGCUGUGGAACUCUGCAGCUCUUUGGGGUUACCUUUGGUCUUUCUGAAUUAUGCCCUCCUUGCCCACUCUGUGAGUUUUGGUGGGCAGCCCUGUUUUGGUAGGUUUGUUGUGGUCCCUUGUUUUUCCUUUUGAAGAUUAUGGAUCUGAUGGCGCUCAGGGGGAUCAUCAAAUAUGUGGAUAUUUCUUUAUAACCCAACUCUUACUUGCGGUUCUCAAUAACUUUAGCCUUUCAAUAAAGUUGUGUUUAUACUGACGGAUCAUGUGACACAUAGAUUGCACACAGGUGGUCUUCCUUUCCCUAAUUAUGUGACUUUUUAGCAAAGGGGGUGAAUACAUAUACCAAUUUUAAUUCCUUUAUUUUAUUGAACUAUUUUUUUCUCAUUUCACCUUAACAGCUUCUUUUAUUCUGUGCAGAUCCAUCACAUAAAAUUUAGAUAAAAAACAUUUAAAUUACAAUUUGAAAUGUAACAACCUAGGUAAAAAGCCAAGGGGCGUCAAUACUUUUGCAAGGCAUUUACAGUGUGUAAAUACUUCCAAGAUCAAAUUUCAAUUUUAUUUUUUAAUUUGGUAAAAACUUAAAAGCUAAGGUUCCUGAAUCACAUUUGUAGUGAACAUUCAGCUCUCUUAAAGUGCCAUAAUAUAUUUAAAGUAAAAGCUUCCAGUCCAGAUGAUUACGGUAGUAAAUUAUACAUGCGCUGUAAAUGUCUCCACACUGGUACUUAACUCAAACGCCAAGUACUGUAUUUCAUCAAGCUGCCUGUGUGUGUUUUUAUCAUUUAACAUGUCCAAUGUACAGCUUAGCAUUUUACUAAUAUGCACUUAUGCCAGCACUUUGUCUAAGAAUGUAUUGUAAAUAUUGAAUAAUUGCUUACAUGCAUUUAUUUGGUUCAGAACAAAGUAAAUUAAAGUUGCAUGAAAGUGAUCACAAUGUGAAAAGUGGCUUGAUUGUAAGUGAAAGUGUGCUGCACAGGCUUGGACAUUUAUUACUCUCAUAAUGACGCACCAAAUGCCUCUCAUAGAUAUGCUCAAAAUGGACUUUGCCCCCUUGGUUACACUGUAUUAUAUAUGCCAAAUAUUUGACAAACGUUUCUUGUAAAACGUGUUAAUAUGUAACUAGUGUUAAAAACCAAAGGAAUUAAGGUUUAUCAAGAAUAAUAAAGUUUGACUUGUUUCCAGUCAUUGGAAAAAAAAAAAAAGAACAUGGUGAAAAAAAAAACUAAACUCAUGGCACAAUUGAACUUAAGCAUCUUACAGGAUGUAAAAACAUGGAUGUAUGUGUACACAAUAUGGGCGCCAGCUUUUACAUAAAAACAUUCAGUUUAGGUUUGAUCUGAUUUGGUGAGGUGCAUAGAACGUUGGUUGGACGUUUGAAUAGCUUGCAUUGGGCUACCAUCUAGUGGUUGGAUGAAGUAACCAACCUGAGCCGAACUGCUCCUGAAUCAACUUAUAUUCCAUAGGUUGCAACUUGAGACAUUUUAAGUAAACUGAAGACUAACAUUUUACAAAAAGUAUUUUCAAAAUCUUACAACAAUUUAUUAAAACCAACUAUGGCACAAAGCAAUGAUAGAACAAAUAAUGUCCUUCCUGUUUUACUACACUGUUGUGGUUGCAUUUAACACAACAAUCAUCCAUACUGUUCCAUUUAUAAAUAUUGUACAUUCACCAAGAUGUUUUAAUAGGUGGUGCUGAAGGUUGUUGCAUGUCCUAAAAUUGACAACUUUAACAAGACAGGGAUGUGGAUUGUCCAACUUGACAAAUGGUGAAAAAAGUCCCUCCAGGGAAAGGUGUUAAGAGGGUGUGAGGAUCACAUCCAUUGUGUGGCAGACUAUGAAGAUAUGCCUGUGUCAUUUGAAACAAUGUGUAACGCCAUGUGAGAGCCUCCUCAGGAGGCCUUUUGUCUCGGGCAGACCUGGGUCAGUUGAGCUUGUUGGCAGCCUUCAUUUUAAGUUGGCAGUCCAGAGGAGCAUUCUGUGAAGCAGGCGAAAGAAACAUGGAGGACAUUUGGUUCCUUGCGUGUUUAGGAGUUCUGUAUUCUGCUCGGACCGCCUUUACUCACGAGUAAGUAUCAUGAAUACGAUCCAACCCGCGUUCCUCAUGGUAAAUGAACAUAACUGCUGUUUAUGCUCUUGUUUUCAUGGUCAUUGCUGUCCACUUGGCGCCAGGACAUUAUUUGUGCUGACAGGACCUGAGGUGUUGCCUGCUGGGACAUCAUCUCUGCUGGCUGUCACCGUUCUCUCUGACCUUACUGUCAGGGUCAAGGGGGAAGUUUCACAUGGCAACACUAAAGUGGCCCAGACAGAGGACUUCCAAGGAGGUGUGACUCAGCUGCUUACGCUCCCUCCACUUCCGGGCUCCAUAACUCAUAAGUCACAUUUAAAUUUGACUGUGACGGGCUACGAUGGGGACAGCAUCGUCUUCUCCAACAUCACCACCCUCAGCUUCGACCUCAGGAACGUCUCCUGUUUCCUUCAAACUGAGCAUUCACGAUAUCGUCCAAGAGACAAUGUCAAAAUGUGGGCCGCAUGCGUUCGGUUGGAUAAUCGUCCUUACAAAGGAAGAGUGGAUAUCUCCAUUAAGAAUCCCAGUGGGAUUGUGGAAGAAAGGCGGCAGUACACAGGGAAUCAAAGGAUUGUGUUUCAGGAAUUUCAUUUAUCCCAGACCCCUUCUCUGGGAAAGUGGGCAGUCACCAUCACAGCGCAGCAUGUGACUGACGAGAGAACAUUCACUGUGGAACAUUAUGAGCCCCCGCAUUUUGACAUGCUGGUCAAGACGCCAACACAAGUUCUAAUUGGAGAGGAUAUCUCAGGAUCAGUGAGAGCCAUUUAUCCCAGUGGACAACCUGUUAAAGGAACCCUCGUGAUUUCACUCACUCAGCCAUCUUCUGCGAACAACAUAACACAAACCAAAGAGCUUAGUGGGUCAGUUCACUUUCUCUUCAGCAAAACUCAGCUUCCGGGCCUCCAUGCACCAUCAAAAGUGGACCUGGUGCACAUUACAGCAUGCAUCACUGACAAGUCAACAGGAAUUAAAGUCAGCAGAAUUGUUGCGGUCCACCUGAUGAAGAGCUCAUUCCAGCUUAAGUUCUGUGAUUUCCCACAGUCACUGAAGCCCUCUUUAACCUUCUUUACAAAACUUAGUAUCUCCAGAUACGAUAGAAAGCCUCUGAGCCCAGUGGAUCGAAUGAACUCUGCUGUGGUUGACGUCACUCAGAGAACAUCGAUGAUGGAGGCUGAAACAACCACAAUGACUCUCCCUGUGCCUGAGGAUGGGAAAGUCCACAUUCAGUUUAAAUUACAGGAUGAAGUAAAGAUGCUUUUAAUUCAGGCCAAGUUUCAGUCAAGUGUAGAGACUCUGACGCUCUUCAACAACUACUCAUCUCCUAGCAGCUCAUAUCUUGUAAUCUACCCUCGCUUACCUGCAACGGUUGGAUUGCCUCUUCAGUUAGAUGUGGAAAGCACAUUUCAACCAUCCAGCCUUCAUUAUGUGGUGAGCUCUCGUGGUCAAGUGGUGGCAGCAGGGACAAAGACUUCCUCCUCCUUUUCUCUGGUGCCAACACCGUCCUGGUCCCCUGAGGCCUGCAUCACUGUUUAUUCCGUCCUCUCUGAUGGCGAGCUAAUUAGUGACACUGCACAGAUCCCCAUCAACCAACAAGGACAUGUAUCUUUAAACUGGAGCAAGGAAAAAGCCCAGCCAGGUGAGCAAGUGUGGCUUACUGUGACAGCCCACGAUCAGAACUCCCAUGUCGGAAUCUUGGUGAUGGGAAGGCACUAUGAUGCUCCACGGGCUGACUGGGAUUUGAAAGCAAGGCAGGGAUGCAAUAUAAAGAUGCUCUCCAAUGCUAGACUGCGUAAAGAAAAACACUUGGUGGAUAGAUCAGAAAAUGACAGUGAUGCCAUCUUAGUAGACAAGUACUGGACACACUGGAUGGACAGAAGCAAGCCCCUUUUGUGGUUUGAUGCUCCUCUCAGUAACAAAACCUGGACGAGUGAGGGAAUAACUGUUCCAGAUGAUGUUACAUGUUUAGAUGCCACCGCACUGGUGAUGUCAGACAAGUUAGGUUUAGGAUUCACUCCUGUGCCACAAAAGCUGAUGGUGUCCAAAGAUUUCUCCUUGUCUCUAAAUGUUCCAUCAUACCUCAUCAGAGGAGAAGAGCUUGUACUGGAAAUAAACAUCAUCAACCACUUAGAGAGAGACUUAGAGGUGAUCUUGUUGCUUUCACAAAGUGAGGCUUUUGAGUUUGUGUUGGAAAAACAUGGCGACGAUGCCGUGUUAAAUGUACAAACGCUCAUCUUAGAGGGCUACGUCUCUGCCACAGCCUUGUUCCCUAUCAGGCCCGUGGCUCUUGGGGAGAUGGAGUUAUCUGUGGACGCUGUAUCUGUGAACUGCUCAGACAGCCUUGUUUGGAGAGUACUUGUGAAGCCUGAAGGAUUUGAACAGUCCUUCUCAGAAACACUCUUCCUGGAACUGGCACCACACACCCACAACAAAUCAGAGUCCAUCUCUAUCUCUUUGCCACCAGAUGUGGUGCAGGACAGUCAGCGAGUCAAUGUGGCAUUAGUGGGUGAUGUCUUGGCCUUGUCCAUCAAACAUUUGGAUUCGCUGGUUCACAUCCCUCUUGGAUGUGGGGAGCAGAACUUGAUACACUUUGCUCCAAGUAUUUACGUGCUUCAGUACCUGGACUGGUCCAGCCAGGAUCAUCCCAAGAUCAGGAAAAGGAUUUUGAACUACAUGUUUGAAGGGUAUCAAAGACAGCUGUCCUACCAGAGAGAUGAUGGAUCCUUCAGUGCUUUUGGUGCAAGUGACACUGCUGGUAGCACAUGGCUGACCGCCUUUGUCCUGAAGUGUUUCCUCCAGGCUCAACCCUACAUACAGAUAGACCAAAGUGUCUUAGAUCGGGCCACAAAUUGGCUCAUAGACCAUCAGGGGCCCCAGGGUGAGUUCCAUGAGGUGGGAAUCUUGAUGCACACAGAGAUACACGAAGACCUUGACAACAGCUCUGUGGCCCUCACAGCCUAUGUAAUGAUAGCCUUACUGGAGAACAAGACCUAUGUGGAAAUGUACAUUAGCAAUAUGUCCAUGAUGCAAACGUACCUGGAGGGCCAUGUGACCAAUGGAGCGCUAAGUAACUACACACUGUGUCUGGCAGCUUACGCUCUCGCUCUCGCCAAAAGUCCUGCGGCUGCCACUGCACUGACAGAGUUGAGCAGGAGAGCUGACUACAAAGGUGAUGUAAUGAUGUGGGCAUCCUCUGCUGGUUUGGACCCGUAUAAGGAGCAGCCUCGCUCGUCUCAGAUUGAAAUGGCUUCCUAUGUGAUGCUGGCAUAUAUCCAGCGUGGCAGCUUUUUGAAUGGGAUCCCACUGAUGAAAUGGUUAAGCAAGCAGAGGAACCAUCUUGGUGGUUACGGCAGCACACAGGAUACUGUCAUUGCGCUGCAGGCUCUAGCUAACUAUGCUGCAUUUAGUGGAGCCAACGCCAUCGACCUGCGUCUUCAUAUCUUCGAUCAUGCCUCUUCAUUUAUGUUCUCCAUCAACUCCACCACAUAUCUAACAUAUCAGCAGCAAGAGAUCAAUGCUGAACAGGAUAUUCACCUCAAUGUAAACAUUGAAGGAAGAGGAUUUGCCAUAUUCCAGACGAAUGUCUUUUACAACCUGGAGAGCAAAGCGUUUUCACAGAAACGCUUCUUGCAUGCCAGAGACGAGGAGGCUUUUGAAUUAAAUGUGAACGUCAAUGAUGAGGAAGACUACCAUCACUUGUUGUUAUCUGUGUGUGUCAGAUUAAAGAACAGUCAGGUCAUAACCCAAACAGGCAUGGUUGUACUGGAUGUAGGGAUGCUCAGUGGCUUCACUCUUCACCCUGGGGCUGUUGCUCCGACGCAUCUGAUCAGAAAGGUGGAGACCCUGCCUCAGAAUGUCUACCUCUACCUGCAUUCUCUCAACAAAUCAGAGGUCUGUAUCCAAAUUCCACUCAUCAGAGUGUUCAAAGUGGCUCACAUCCAGGAUGCUCUGGUGCAAGUUUAUGACUACUAUGAACCCACGAGGAGAGCAGAAACAACAUAUAAUUCUGAUGCGCUCCGCCACAUGGACUCGUGUGCCUUCUGUGGUGAGGACUGUCAUCUGUGUAAGACGGGAAUUCCUAUUGUGGUGCCUGCAAAUUUCUCAGCUCACUCAAUAAGAAGCACCACCUACAGCGUUUGUUGCCUUCUAUUUGGAAUGAUUACAGGCUACCUUUUCAUUAUAGUAGUAUAGUUAAAUUAUAGUCUAAUUUGAUCCACCUAUUCGAUUGUAUGUGUAAUUAAGACAUACUACACAACAAUUGCAUUAUCAACAGGUGCAUUCAAGUGUUGUAAUGUAGUCUGUAUCCCCCCCACCGCCAGAAAUUGUCUAAAAAUAAAUUUUGCA